UACUGCUAGGUCCUACUAAAUCCCGUUAGGCGUGUCGAUACGGAGUGUAGACGAGAAUUAUACAUAGUUUUGGCAGCGUUCGUCUGUGUGCAUAUAAAAAGAAUAAAAGUUAUAAUAUGUCACAAGUACGAGAAGUUAUAGAACUUUUAACAAAAGUUUGUGAAGACAACGGCACAGUGCCGAUAAAAGCUGAAUGUUUUAGAGCAGCAAAGUUUGAUAAAUGUGAAACGACUUCAUCUUUAUGGAGGCUUCUGUUUGAAUUGACAUAUAUUUUGAAGUAUGGACAGUUAGAAGACUUUAUUAAAGAUUUUAUUGAUCAACUCAAGAAAGAUGAUAUGGUAAUAUACACAAAAUGUUUUAUGCAAGACCAAGGAUACUUUAGUAAAGAGUUUUCUACUUUACCAAAUGAUAUGAGUUCUGGCAGUAGGGAAGUUUUACUUGCAAUUGGUUGGCUAUUAUCAUCAAAAAAAGUCAUAGAAAAGUUUGUAGAUCUGCAGUCUUCACCACUUGAUCAAGAAUAUCCUACACAAGAGUCGUUACAGAUAGUGACAGAACAAAAGUUACAUCAUAGUGGUGAACUUCCAGCAGCACAGAAAGCUCAACAACUUCAGUUCCUAAAUGGUCGUCUGUCUCUCAGUCUGAAAACAUUAUAUUCUCUGUACCAUGAGGAAACCAGGCUACUACACAAGGUACAUGAAAGCACUCUUGGAGUUGGUACAUCAACACAUUCACCUCAUCUCUCUAUGAUGGAAGUAUACCUUCUGAGACAUCCUGAACACAGCAAGAAGUGUAUAAAGCAACUAGAGAAGGACAAUAGAAGAUUAGAAAGGUUAUUGCAAUGGAAGGAACAUGAACAUGUGUUUUGGAAAUGGAUGGAGAGUGUUCUUCAGUUGAAAAUGGAAGAAGUUUCACAUCAUGAGGAUCAGGGCAGAGAUCAAAGAAUGGUACAUUAUAAUAUACCUGGAGAUUUACUAUCAUCAGUCAGCAUGUCCCGUCGCAAUCUCGAAUCAAACAUCAUGAAGUUUGAGCCUAUUAUCACACAACUUGAAGAAAUCUGGGAAACAAAGCAACAUGAUAUAACCAUUGGCCAAAAACAGAGAAUAGAAGCUGCAGUGAAUACAGAGAUACAAGCAUGUAAACAGUCUUUACAGGAAGAUAAUGAGUUAAAAAAUGGGCUACCUUUAUAUAGAAACACUCGUCUUUUAUUUGUAAAACCUUCGGUAAAGAAAUCAUCAAAUAUUCAAAUCCCCAAUUCAAAUAAUAUGAGCACAGAUGGAAUAUGCGAUCCAGUAGAUCUUCAGUCAGAAAUAACUAAUAUUCAAGCAUAUGUAAAUCAACUUGAGUGUGAAUUACAGAGGAAAGAGCGUUACUAUAGAGAACGUUUGGAUAAGAUGGCCUCAGAUAUACCUGGUGCUAUAUGUAUACAACCUGCUUCUUUAACAAAAUAGCUCUUUCUAAUUUUGUGUUGAGAAUAGACUACUUGUACAUUGUAUUUUUUCUAUGAUAUAUUGAAAUAAAACAUUUACAGGUA